AUGUCCUUAUUUCUUUCGAGUCUGAUUUUUUUGUUUCCUUUUUUCUUGUUUAUUCAUCUUUCUUUUUCCCCUUUUUUGUUCUUUCUCCGUUUUUUUUUUUUUUUCUUGAUACGGUUUAUUUCUUUUUCCUUUUUUCUCGCUUUUUUCUUUCUUCUAUCUUUUGUUACGCCAUCUUUCUUUUUCUACUUGUUAGGACUUUCUUUUUGCUCUCUCAUUUUUCUUGUUACAUUUUAUCGUCUUGUUAGGGUUUUCUUUUUGUUCUUUUUUUUUGUUACGUCUUCUUUCUUUCUGUCAUUUCAUUUUCUUCAUGAUAGGUCUUUUUUUUUUCUUUUGCUUUUCUUCUUUUUCUUAGUGCUUCUUCCUUUCUUUAUUCGUGUUCUUAUUCUUUAUUCUUAUUCCUUAUUCCUUAUGUAUUCUUUAUUCUUUAUUCCUAAUUCUUUAUUCUUAUUCUUUAUUCGUGUUCUUAUGUCUUUGUUUUUCAUUCUUUUAUUCUCUUUUUCUUCUGUUUUCUUUCUUUCACUUUUGCAUCGUUCUUUUCUUAUUAUUUUUAGUCUUCUUUGCUUGCUACGUCAUCUUUCUUUCUUUUUUUUUCUUCUUCUUUCUAACGUCUUCUUUCAUUCUUUUUUUUUGUUUCUUUCUUUGGACCGCUCUCCUUUUUUCUUGUUAUAUUUUCUUACAUUUUUCUUUUUCUUUGAGCUUUUGUUCUUUAUUUUGUUACGUCGUUUUUCUUUGUUUUCCUUCAAGCUAGAGGUCUUUCUUUUUGGCUCUUUCAUUCUUCUUCUUGUUACGAUUAUUUUCUUUUUUUUUGUUUUUAGUUUUCUUUCACUUUUUCUCCCCCCCUUUUUUUUUACUUAUAACGUCGUAUUUUAUUCAAUUUGUUUUUUUUAUUUCUUCCUCUCUCUUCUUUUUUUAUUCCAGUUUCGAUUUCAUUCUUUUUCUUUUCUUUUUCUUCUGCUAGCUCUUUCUUCAUGCUUAUCUUUGUAUUCUUAUCACGUAUGUUUUCUUUCUACGACAUCUUUAUUUCUUCAUUUCAUUUCUUUUGUUGUUUUGUUUGCUUCUUUUUUUAUUUUUUAUUCACUAUUCAUUUCUACUGUUCCAUUGUUCAUAAAUCAUUUCCUUCUUUCUUUCUUUCUUUCUUUCUUUCCCUUUCAUAUCUACUGUCUCAUUUUCCUUAAUCCUUUUUUCUUUCUUUAUUCGCCUAUCAUCUCAACUGUUUUUCUUUCUUUUUUCCUUUUCUUUCUUUUUUCCUUUUCUUUCUUUCUUUCUUUCUCUUUCAUAUUUACUGUCUCAAUUUACCGUAAUCUUUUCUUCUUUCUUUCUUUCUUUCUUUCUUUCUCUUUCAUAUUUACUGUCUCAAUUUACCUUAAUGUUUUCUUCUUUCUUUCUUUCUUUCUCUUUCAUAUUUACUUGUCUUUUUCCUUAAUCUUUUCUUCUUUCUUUCUUUCUUUCUUUCUUUCUUUCUUUCUUAUCAACUGUCCCAAUAUUCCCUAUUCCUUUCUUUCUUUUUUUCUCCUUGUAUAUUUUGUUUUACUUUUCUUUCUUGUACUAUCUUUUUCUAAUAUACUUGUCGAGCUGAAAAUUCAACAAUUCUUCUUCCUUGUCACACCUUUUUUUUUUUUUUUUUUUUAUUCUUUCUUUCUUUUUGCUUUCUUAAUUCUUUUUACUUAUUCUUUUUGUAACCAAUUUUUCUUUGUUUUUACGAUUUUUUUAUUUCUUCUAAUCUUGCUGCAUUGUCUUGUUCUUUUUCCUUCUUUCUCGUUUUCUUUCUUCCGUUUUUUUUUUCUAAUUUCUUUUUUUUUUCUUCCCAUUUUGCAAUUUUUUUAUUUCCUCUUGCAUGUACCUUUUUCGUAUUUUUUCCCGCUUUACGCUACACCUUCUUUUCUUUCUUGUUACGGUUUUUCUUUUCUUUCUUGCUACGGUGUCUUUCUUCUAUAUUUCUUUCUCCCCUUUUCAUAUCUACUCCCUCUAUUUUCCUUAUUCUUUCCUUUCUUUUUUUCUCUUUCAUAUCUACUGUCUCUAUUUCCCUUAAUCCUUUCUUUUUUUCUUUCUUUUUAUUCACUUUUUAUCUCUACUUUACUAAUUUUCAUAAAUCAUUUCCUUCUUUCUUUCUUUCUUUCUUUCUUUCUUUCUUUAUUCCCUUAUUAUUUCAACGGUGUCAAUUUUUUUAUUCUCUUUUCAAAUCUGCUGUCUCAAUUUUCCUUAAUCCUUUCUUUCUUUCUUUCUUUCUUUCUUUCUUUCUUUCUUUCUUUUUCAUCUUUACUGUGUCGGUUUUCUUUCUUUCUUUCAUUCUUUCUUUCUUUCAUUCUUUCUUUCUUUCCUUUUCAUUUCUACAGUCAUUUUUCUUCCUUUUUUCUUUUUUCUCGUUCUCUUUCUUCCAUUUUUCUAAUUUCAUCUUUUUCUCAUUUUUCAUUUUUCUUUUGGCAAUUUCUUUAUUUCCUCUUGCCUGUUACUUUUUCUUAUUUUUUCCCUUAUUACGCUGCACCUUGCUUUCUUCUCCUUCCAUAUCUACUCUCUCUAUCUUCCCAGUCCGUUCUUUCUUUCUUUUUCUUUCUUUCUUUUUUUCCUUUCUUUCUUUUUCAUAUCUACCGUCUCUAUUUUCAUAAAUUCUUUCUUUCUUACUUUCUUUCUCUUUCAUAUCUACCGUCUCUAUUUUCCUUAAUCCUUUCUUUUUUAUUCACUUUUAAUCUCUACUUUUCCAGUGUUCGUAAAUCAUUUCUUUCCUUCCUACUUUCUUUCUUUCAUUCUUUAUUCCCCUACCAUUGUCAAUUUUUUAUUCGCUUUUCAUCUUUACUCUCUCAAUUUUCUUUAAUCCUUUCUUUCUUUCUUUUUCAUCUUUACUGUGUCGGAUUUCUUUCUUUCUUUAUUCCCAUUUCAUCUCUACUGAGUCGGUUUUGUUUCAUUUUCUUUCUUUCUUCUCCUUUCAACUAUACUACCUCAAUUUUCAUAAAUUCUUUCUUUCUUUCUUUCUUUCUUUCUUUCUUUCUUUCUUUCUUUCUUUCUUUCUUUCUUUCUUUCUUUCUCAUAUCUACUGUCUCGAUUUACCUUAAUCCUUUAUACCAUUCGGUUUAUUUCAUAUUCUUUCUAACCACUUUUCUCUUUUAUUCAUCGUAUUCUUCUCGUUGCCAUUUCUUUAACGUGUUAAUAUUUCCUCGUUUCCCCUCCCGACUUUUUUUAAAAACAUAUUUUUCCAAACUUAUCUCGCUACAUGUUUAUUCUUUUAUUCAUAUCCAUUCAUUUUAUAAUCCCCGCUCCUUUUUCUAA